GCACUACUUCCACGGCACUUAUAUCUACCCUACGUGUGAAACUGCAACGAACCAAGUGCAAGGCGAUCCUACGACCGUAUCCAUCUUCCUGACCCUUUUGUCAAUAGAGUCAUAGGAGGCUACCCAGAAUAUAAGCUUUCAAACUCCUGCGCCCGGAAGCUACUUACAGAACAAGGUCCUGCGUCUUUCGUCGAAGCUUGAUAUGGAUGAUGAGUUAUCAAAUCAGGAAGAUAUUGAGCAGGUGGAGAUGAGAAAGAAGAAGAAAAAGAAGAAGAAAAAGAAGCCCAAACAGUCCGCGGGGGAGGAAGAUGAGACCAAGAAAGACCCAACCACUGACGUAGCUUUAACCGAGGAUGACAAGAAACAGGAGGACACUGAGAAGACGGAGAAGAAAAAAAAGAAGAAGAUAAAGAAGAAGAACAAACGUGCCACAGGCGAGGAUGACGAGGCGCAUACCGACAGAACCAUUGACGAUGCUUUGACAGAAAAUGAAAGGAUCAAGG